GCUCUGACGUGGCCGAAUGCUGAUGGUCCCGAUCUCAUUGUGGAUGAUGGUGGUGAUGCUACUCUGUUAAUCCACGAGGGUGUGAAGGCUGAGAAGGCGUACAGGGAAAGCAAGAUUAUCCCUAAUCCCGAUGCGGAGAGUAAUGCCGAGUUCAAGUGUGUUCUGACAAUUCUUAAGGAGAGCCUCGAGCGUGGUGAAGUCGAUAAGUGGACCAAAAUGGCAGCGAAGCUCGUUGGUGUCAGCGAAGAGACGACUACUGGUGUUCAUCGACUUAACUCGAUGGCCGCGGCUGGUACUUUACUCUUCCCAGCUAUCAAUGUUAACGAUUGCGUGACGAAGAGCAAGUUCGAUAAUGUGUAUGGGUGCAGACAUUCUCUUCCGGAUGGUAUUAUGCGAGCUACUGAUGUCAUGAUUGGUGGUAAGACUGUUUUCGUUGCUGGCUAUGGUGAUGUGGGUAAAGGAUGUGCUGUUGCUAUGAAAGGCUGUGGUGCCAAGGUUUUGGUUGGCGAGAUCGAUCCUAUCUGUGCCUUACAGGCUUGUAUGGAGGGGCUCACUGUCACUACUAUUGAGGAUGCAAUAUCCAAGUACAAUGCCGACAUUUUCAUCACGGCUACUGGUAACAAGGACAUUGUCACGCUCGAGCACAUGAAAGCUAUGAAGAACAACGCCAUCGUUGGGAACAUCGGGCAUUUUGACAAUGAGAUACAGAUGGAGAGGUUGGAGAACUGUCCUGGUGUCAAGUGCAUGAACAUUAAGCCACAAGUUGACCGCUUCGAAUUCCCUGAUGGCCACGGCAUCAUCAUGCUUGCUAGCGGUCGUCUGCUGAACCUCGGAUGUGCCACAGGUCAUCCUAGCUUCGUUAUGAGUUGCUCAUUCACCAAUCAGACCCUGGCUCAGUUAGAGCUAUGGGAAAACCGAAACACGAAGUAUGCGAAAGGGAAGAAACCCGGUGUCACCCUAUUGCCCAAGGUUCUGGAUGAGAAAGUUGCCAG